CGGAAGUUGUGUCCUGUGAGGUGGUGAUGGCGGGUGUAUGAGUGUGCGGUGUGUCGGAGGACGGUAUUCUAUGGCCGGAGGAAGCAUGUGUAUGAGAGGGGGCACCGGGAAAGGCUGCAGGCUCUUCUUCACGCCUUUACCGAAAAGGUAGAGGCCGCCCGGAAGAUGAUUAAGGUGGCCGCGGUGGAGAAGUUCAGUCUUCAGGAACAUGAGAAGUUGUGGUGUCACUGCUGCGAGGAGGAGGUGCGGAGACACGUCAGUGAUGGGAAGGUGACGGUGAUGUAUGGAGGGCUGCUGGAGCACAUGUACAGUCCAGAACACAAGAAAGCGGUAAACAAAUUUUGGUGGACACAUCAGGCUGAUAGGAAACUAAAGGCACAUUUUUUUUUCUUUCUACAGAAGAGUUUGAAAGGUUCAAAUCUUCAGUAACCAAAGCUUUAGAGGGCUAUGAGGAAAUGGAGGACAUUCUUAUUAAACAGAUGGCUGACCAGAUUCAGAAGGUAGAGCAGAGCAGACGUGAAAUACUACAGAAUACCCUAGAGGUUUGUUAG